AUGCUCCUUGACGAAGACCCGUCGACUCUCAUCCGCGCAACCAUUUCGAACUUCAAUAUUGCACCCGACAAAGCCGCUCUGUCGCGUGUCAAUGACUCCUUAUCCACCCUACAACAAUCCCGCGAACUUCGGAUUCGAGACGCUGAGAACGCUCUGAGAAAGUUAUCUCGUCAUUUGGCAACUUUGUCUUCGCAGCAUCGAGAAGUGCUCUCCGGCCAUGACAGCGGUAGACAUACCAGCGAGAUUGUGCAACUCGACACUAAGAAAUUCCGAAUCGCCAAACAGGCCUCGGAGCUAGAAGCUGAGAGCGAGAGACUUGAAGCGGAGCUUGACCGGUUGAAGAUGCGAUUGUCCUACUUAGAAGCACAAGGUGUCGAAGGCGACGAGAAUACGCGGCAGGCCCGCGAAGUUGAUGAUCCCACCAUACUGCGCCUUUGGCUGUACAGAUCACUCGGAAUUGCCUUGGAGCAGGAUGAAGCAGGAAACUACAAUAAGGCGACAAUUGCAAACACGAAGAAGGGCGAUGUGCAUGUUGUCAAUAUCGACCCGAAGUUCUCAAAGUGGUUUUACGCCGACUACUUCUGGCAAUCUAUGCAGAGUUGA